CAAGUCCGGGGGUCUGUGUUACCGAGGCACCGGUCCGGCUUUUUUCCUUCCGCCCUCCGUUGAGUUUUUUUUUUUUCCCCCCAGCAAUGGCAUCCGGCCUGGGGAGGCUGCUGUUGCGGGGGCCUCGCUGCCUCCUGGCGCCGGCCGCCCCCACUCUCGUCCCGCCUGUUCGGGGCGUGAAGAAGGGAUUCCGCGCCGCCUUCCGCUUCCAGAAGGAGUUAGAGCGCUGGCGCCUGCUCCGGUGCCCGCCGCCGCCCGUGCGCCGUUCAGAGAAGCCCAACUGGGAUUACCAUGCUGAAAUAGAAGCGUUUGGACAUCGGUUACAGGAGACCUUUUCCUUAGAUCUUCUCAAAACUGCAUUUGUUAAUAGCUGCUAUAUUAAAAGUGAGGAGGCCAAGCGCCAAAACCUUGGAAUAGAGAAAGAAGCUGUUCUUCUGAAUCUUAAAGAUAAUCAAGAACUCUCUGAACAAGGGACAUCUUUUUCAAAAACUUGCCUCACACAAUGUCUCGAGGAUGCAUACCCAGACUUGCCCACCGAAGGCAUUAAGAGUCUCGUUGACUUUCUCACUGGUGAGGAAGUGGUAUGUCAUGUGGCCAGAAACUUGGCCGUGGAGCAGUUAACACUGAGUGCAGAGUUUCCAGUUCCCCCGCCUGUUUUACAGCAGACUUUCUUCGCAGUAGUUGGAGCCUUGCUGCAGAGCAGUGGCCCUGAGAGGACUGCUCUUUUCAUCAGGGACUUCUUAAUUACUCAGAUGACUGGAAAAGAACUCUUUGAGAUUUGGAAGAUAAUAAAUCCCAUGGGGCUACUGGUAGAAGAACUGAAGAAAAGGAAUAUUUCAGCUCCUGAAUCUAGACUUACCAGGCAGUCUGGAAGCACCACAGCUUUGCCUGUGUUUUUUGUUGGCUUGUACUGUGAUAGAAAGCUGAUUGCGGAGGGACCUGGGGAGACCGUGCUGGCUGCGGAAGAAGAAGCUGCUCGCGUGGCGCUCCGGAAGCUCUACGGGUUCACGGAGAACCGCCGGCCCUGGGACUAUUCCACACCCGGAGGGAAUUUCAGAGCAGAGAAGCUACCCGGCUACCCGGCCAAGCAUGUGGCAGCCUGAGAUCUGCGAGCCAGGCAGUGAGACACAGGUCAGAGAUGCUCACAGCUGGACAUUGUUCAGAUUGUAAAGAAAUAGGUCUUAUUCCUCAUCACGAGUUCCUAAAAUUAAACAAAUAUUCAUCAGGUCAGUGAUUCUUUUUUUUUUUUUUUUUCAUUUUUUGUUUUGUCAAAAGUCUUUUUAGAUGUCUUCCAGUAAAUUUUUUCUGAAGUCUUUGAUUUUAUUACUGUAUCUCACAUGUAUAGUUAGGCGUAUUUUAUUCCUUUCCGGCUUCAUCAUAAUUUGGGUAUGUGUUUCAUGCGAACUUUAAUGCCAAUAAAAAAGUCAUUCUCCAAAGACUUCAUUGUAGUUUACGUUGAUAUACCCAGGUUGGUGAACUUUGCCCCUCAAAUACUAUUUUAGCUAAAAUAGUAAUCAUUCUUAACCUUUAGAAAUGUAAAGUGCAGAUGAUCACAGUUGGGUAUUUACAUGGUCCUUAGAUUCUGUCAAGGUUUAAAAUUUUGUAUACUAAACGAAUUCAUCUCAUAGUUCUUGAAUUUCUAUAAAACAAAUGGCAGAAAAGGUUCUUUUCAAAAGCAGUUUAAAAUACGCUAAUUGAAAAAGUAUACGUUUAUCAAUGCCAACGGAAAAAUAAAGUAUGUGUUUAUCAACUUAGUGUCCCAGAAUCACAGUCCUGGCUGCUGUGCACCAAGCAUGUUGUAAGUAUUUUACCGUAACAUUCAGCUUGUGGAGGGCAGAGCUCAGCGUGUCUCCUUCCGGUUCUUCGGUCCUUCGUGUUUGAUUCAGUGACCCUCCAACCGCACAUUCCCUUCGUUUGUUUCUAACUUUUGGCAGCAGUGAUAAUUUUUGGUUUCAGUCAGUCAGUAGUCAGUCCCAGGGGUUAACAAGAAAAGUGGGACUGGGGAGUUGAGAAUAGAAAUGUUAAAACUGACAGCACUUUUGCCGUGAAAUCUUUUUUUUUAGUUGAAAUAUUUUUAUUUUAUGUUCAAAGAGCUGGCAUUAAGAUAGACACAAUGGAUGACCCAUCUCGUGAAGUCCACUUAAUCCAGCUUCAUGCAGCCUGGGUCCUUUGCGUCUUGAUGGAGACCCCGGUGGCACAUCCUCAGGCCGUAAUUCCGGGUCAGAUCAUGCCCGUUGGAGCAGAAGUGGCGAGAACAAGAACCCUGGCUGAAUUUCCUCGGCUCCCGUAGAACCGCUGGUUGACCCGCCUUGCUUUCUCGGUGGCAAAAGACUUGCCAUAAAAUCUUUCUAUUAAGGAAGAUAAAGGGCCUUUGGAACCUCUUUCCCGAGACCGGUCAGGACAGUGGGACUUUUGUCAUAUGUAGGAGGGCUUACAGCUGUCACAGGAAAAGUAGAGACUGUUUUUAGAGAGGAAAGUCUCAGAAUUACCUAAUUGGCUGCAUUGGUCGGUCAAAAGUAAAGUAUUUCACCUUUCUUUUGAGAGUUCACUCCAGUUCCUAACACCUGAACGCCGGGAUAGAGGGCCAAACCUAGUGGUAAAGUGCCACACUUGGGUGUGUCAUCCACAAGUAAACACGAUUUGUACGUAUCUCAUGGACACCAGAGAAGAAGAGAUCGUAGAAAAGGUUCUGAGAAGAAGAGACUGUAAAUGUCCUCCAAUCACUUAACUCAUCCAGUAUAUGCAAAAUGUCAGAUUUAGCUAGAGUAUUACUUUUUUUAUGAAUACUUUUUAAAAAUUAAUGUUCUUUUUAAA